CUUAGCAGCUAAUGCCAAUCAAGCUGACGUUCUUCUGCGAAUGAUGAGGUCAAAAUGGUCGCCUGCAGCUCAACAAGAUAGCCAGUUUCGUCUCAGCAAUUCUAGCAAGGAAUUGCCUGCAGUAUAUGUUGCUCCACAGCAUGGUUCGAAGGAUCUCGACAAGAUCGACAGGCUGCCAGGGCAGCCUGAAGGCCAGAGUAUCAACCAGUAUGCUGGCUAUGUGACGGUCGAUCACCACAACGGGAGAGCACUCUUUUACUACUUCGUUGAGUCCCCAGAAGACCAAGCCAAGAAACCACUUGUGUUGUGGCUUAAUGGAGGCCCUGGAUGCUCUUCUUUAGGUUACGGAGCCAUGGAAGAGCUUGGACCUUUCAGAGUCAACAGUGAUGGCAAAACCCUGCGUGAAAACCACCACUCAUGGAUCGAUGUGGCAAACAUCAUCUUCUUGGAGUCUCCUGCUGGUGUUGGAUUCUCGUACUCGAACACCACUUCAGAUUACCGCUCCAAUGGAGACAGAAGAACAGCAGAGGACUCCUAUACCUUCCUUGUCAACUGGUUGGAGAGGUUUCAGGAGUACAAGAGCCAUGAUUUCUUCAUCACCGGAGAGAGCUACGGCGGCCACUACGUUCCUCAGCUCGCCAGUCUCAUCCUCCGGAACAACAUGAAGAUGAACCAGUCAACCAUCAACCUGAAAGGGAUAGCUAUUGGCAACGCGUACAUCGACCGAAACAUAAACGAAAUUGAGAUGUACGAGUUCCUGUGGGCUCACGCCAUGUUCUCCGACGACACCCACAAGCUGAUCCAAAAGCAAUGCAAUGGCUCAGACACCUUCUCCCUCGAGUGUCAAGACGCCAUGUUUCAGGCUCGUAGGGAGACUGGGGAAAUCAAUCUGUACAAUGUUUAUGCUCCUCGUUGCUCUGCAUGGGCUCGUAAAAAUGAAGAAUAUGAUCCUUGUGAUGACGACUACGUGCGCUCAUACCUCAACGAUGAGAAGGUGCAAAAGGCCCUUCAUGCAGUUCCAACUGGAUGGGGACACUGCAGUUCCAUGGUUUGGACUGAUACUGCUGUGAGCAUGCUAGCUAUGAUCAAGAAGCUCUCGACCAGAGGCUUAAGAGUGUGGUUAUACAGCGGUGACAUUGAUGCGGUAGUUCCAGUGACAUCAACAAAGGCCUCGUUGAACAUGCUUGAUCUUCCCAUCCGCAGAGCAUGGCUGCCAUGGUACAUUGAUCAUGAGGUGGGAGGAUAUGUUGUAGAAUACAAAGGGAUAACUUUUGUGACAGUAAGAGGAGCAGGACAUGAGGUCCCAAGCUACCAACCAGAGAGGUCUUUGGCAAUGAUCACUGCGUUCCUUCAAGGAACCUCCCUUCCUCCAAAGGACAAAAGAAUGUUCUGAGUGACAUUCUUAAUAUGCACACAUGUUUCUACAGCUUCAAAAACACAUCAGGAUUUGCCUCAGCUGGAGGAGACUGUUAAUAAAUAUCUGCAGGAAUUUUUUAGACAGCUACUCUAAUUGAUUAGGCCAAGCUAUCAAGAAUGACUCAGCCAUGUGUUAAUCAAAUCCCUACAAGAGUUUUAGU